AUGGAAAACGCCGAAUCUACUCUGGAAACAAAACUUAAGCAACUUAAAAGGACAGAGGAUAAAACUGAUGGCAUACUUACUAGCGGAAAGCAAUCUACUAUAUCUAGACAAUUGACGAACUUAAAAGAACUUCUCACAGAAGUAGAGAACGCACGAAGAACAGUUGAAGGAGAGAAGAUAGCUGCGGAAGUUAGCGAUGACGAAAUCAGCACGUGGAAUGAUGAAAUUAACGCAAGAAUAGAAGAAGCGGAUGGUCGGAUAGAAACCCUCGAAGAAUGGUUGAUGAAACGGAAAACGGAAGCAGAAAACCAAGAGCGAGAAGAAAAGAUGCAGUUUGAAAUUAAGCUUCAAGAGACAAAGCUAAAAUUGCAAGAGAAUUUUCAGCUCAAAACAGGAAACCAAACCCUUUCCGCGGAAACGCCUGUCAGUCAAGCAAAACUACCCAAGCUGGUUAUUACCAAGUUUAACGGAACAUAUGCCGACUGGCCAAGAUUCUGGGGGCAAUAUUCCGAAUCCAUCGACAAAACAGACGUGCCGCCUGUUACUAAAUUCACGUACCUGCGUGAAUUACUGGACGUCAAAGUUAGGAGAACAAUCGAAGCGUUGCCACAUUCAGCUGAAGGAUACAAUCGAGCCUUAUCAAUCCUUAAAGACCGAUUCGGAAAGCAUAGCGAAAUAGUAAAGGCCUACGUAAAGGAAAUUCUUGAGCUGCCUCACACACCCACCGGAAACCUCAAAAGAAUUCACGAAUUCUACGACAAACUUUCCUAUAACGUGCAGUCCCUCGACUCACUCAAAUCACUUCAUGAAGUGAAUGGGAUGGUUUCGUUGACGCUCGAAAAACUGUCGGCAAUCAGAGGGGACCUUGUACGAAACGAUCCAGAUUGGGAGACCUGGGAUUUCGUGAAGUUCACCAAAGCGCUCCGCCAAUGGACACGUCGAAACCCGAUUGAUAACUUCAGAUUAGAAGAUCCGUUGCCACCCAGGAGACGAGACCGCACGUUCCAAACUCAGCAGAAAAGGACACGCAAGUGUGUGUACUGUCAAGCAGAAAACCACAAGCCAUCAGAAUGUGGUAAAAUCACAUCACCGACAGAACGCAAAGAAUUUCUGGCAAUCAAGAGACUUUGUUUCAAUUGCACAGGACCUCACAAAUCGUCGGAAUGCAAAAGUACCCCGACAUGUCAAAAUUGCAGUAAACGACAUCAUACAUCAAUCUGCAGCUCACCAAAGGAAGUGAAAAGCGAAGGAGUUUUGACAGCUCAUCACCCAGAACACAACGAAGUCGUCUAUCCUAUCAUUCUUGUGGAGAUUGACGGAAUAAAAACACAUGCUUUGCUUGACACUGGUGCCGGAAGUUCGACUAAACUUAUCAGUCUUCUCAACAAAGGGCCUAAAGAAACAGUGACCAAAAGAAUAGAUAUGAUGCUUGGCUCUUCAACCACAAACGUUGAAAUUUAUCCAGCAACCCUUGCAGCAGUGAACGGAAAAUUUGACAUGAACAUUGAAUUAACGAAAGUCCAUAAGCCUCAACUCCUUACACUCGACAACCCUAAUUACGAAAAUCUGCUAAGUAAAUACAGUCACCUCAAGGGAGUCAAGAUUGAAGAUAACGACACAAGACCUCAAAUUCCAAUUCACGUAGUCUUAGGCGCCAGCGAGUAUGCCACAGUCAAAACAAGUACCGCACAAAGAGUGGGAAAACCUGGGCAGCCUGUGGCCGAGAGAACGCUCCUUGGAUGGACCUUAAUGUCACCGGGAAAAGAAGAUGUUGGUAGUCCUGUGCUCCUAACGCAGUCAGCCUUAACAGAUUAUGAACAACUGUGUGCCCUGGACGUACUUGGCCUCGCAGACACUCAUGAGAACGACCAACAGGCAGUUUACGAAGAAUUCAAAGAACAGCUUGAGAGAAACCCAGCCGGCUGGUACCAAACAAGGUUGCCAUGGAAAGGGACUCACCCUACACUGCCAACAAAUGAAACUGGAAGUAAGAGAAGAUUGGAGCAAUUAGUCCGGAAGUUAGAGCGAAAUGGUCAAUACGAAGAGUACGACUGCAUAAUUCAAGAACAACUUCAACAAGGAAUUGUGGAGCCAGCACCUGACAUUCCAACUGGAAAAGAGUACUAUAUCCCGCAUAAAGGAGUUGUCAGAGAGAACGCUGAAAGUACCAAGCUCCGAAUUGUGUACGAUGCGUCAGCAAGAGAGAAAGAUAACCAGCCAUCCUUAAAUGACUGCCUCCACCCAGGGCCUCCACUCCAGAACCGUCUGUGGGACAUCCUCGUGAGAUCGAGAUUCUAG